CUUAAGCUGGUCAUUCGGAGACAUAAAUAUGAUAUCAUAAGGCAUUUUCCGGAGGGAGUCUAACAGAACAGCAAGUUAAUAGUUUUAGUUCUAAACUUCGUCGCGAUAAAAUCUUGUAGACAACCAGAAGAGGGCUAAGUUUUGCUGAGAAAGUAAAAUGGAUGUUGGUGUACAAAAAACGCCAAGAUGUCGGCAAACUUGAAGAAAAUCUGCCGACUUGACGUCUAGUUAACUGGUCACCGACGGUAACUGGAAUAGUUAAUUACAUAUCCCAGCAUGCAUCACUUUCAACAUGGCUGACCUAGGGUUUGGGUUAUAAACCCGGAGGUUUUGGGACCGAGUUUUGAUAGUUUUAGCAGUUUUGUACCAAAUUCGGACGAUUUCACCGAAUCGGUCUGCAAGCGGGAGCCAUAUAGGUGUUGUAUGAUGGGAGAGCCGCGGUACACGAUCGAGCAGAUCGACUUGCUGCAGCGGCUGCGCCGGACGGGACUCAGCAAGGACGAGAUUCUGCAGGCGCUCGAGACCAUGGAGAGGCUGGACCGCGAACACGGGAGUACCGUCGCUCCUCCGGUACAUGCAAGUACCAACAGGACCAUGCGAUGGAACCUGAAGACCGAAGGUGAGAUUGUCCCGGCUGCCAGCCCGCCUGUCUCCAGCCCACAGGGGGCACUGGCAGCUAACGGAACAGCCGCCCCCAUGGAGCAGCCCAGGCCACACAAGGACUGUGUGCUGUCAGAGGAACAGAUCCAAACUGAAGUGGAAAUCAUGCUCAAUAAGAAUGUGGAGUCCGUGAAGGAGGAGCUGCGACUGUUCCUGUCUGAGCGCCGGAUCUCGCAGGGCCUGAUCAGCAGGUUCACCGGCAUCAGCCAGUCCUACCUGUCCCAGUUCCUCACCCAGGGCCUGGACAUGAGCGUCAUCAAGAAACGCACACUCUUCACCUGGUACAUCCGCGAGAAGUUCUCCAACUCACCCAUGUCGGCGCUUGACCUGACGGCAGCGGUGCCCAAAGCUGUGCGAGUCGCGGAGCACGUGGAUGAUGACCAUGACUGGACACCUCACCUUCAGUUCAGGAGCAGCGUACACAGAAGAGGUCAUAGGUUUAACUGGCCUGAAGCCUGCAUCACCAUCAUGGAGAAGUACUUUGAAGAGAACCAGUAUCCGGAUGAGAAGAAACGAGAGGAGAUCACCAACGCCUGCAACAGUGUUAUACAGAAACCAGGAGUUGAUCUGCCGGCCCAGAUGUUGGUAAACUCUGCCCGCGUCUACAACUGGUUCGCCAACCGACGGAAAGACGUGAAGAGAAGGCAGUCAGCAGGUUUGACAAGUUUUGGGGUUAAAAUUCACAACACCAUGUCUCCGGUGCCAAGCAGUCAGUCCAACCCCCACCACCGAGUAGAGGAUAGGGUCAGCCAAAAUACAGACCACCACCCUGGGAAUGUACUACAGGAACAUGUAGAGCCGGAGCACAAGGAGGCUCACCAGGAUCCCGUCCAAGUUGCAGUGGAGAUGGCAGCUGUCAAUCAUGCCAUCAUGGCACUCGUCAAUCAGCACAGCGAGGACAUGGACCAGGGGGAGGAGCAGGAGGAGGAGGAUGGGGAGUACAGCUAAGAGAUGAGGAGGAUGGGGAGUAAAGCUAAGGGAUGGGGAGUACAGCUAAGGGAUGAGGGGGAUGGGGAGUACAGCUAAGGGAUGAGGAGGAUGGGGAGUAAAGCUAAGGGAUGGGGAGUACAGCUAAGGGAUGAGGAGGAUGGGGAGUAAAGCUAAGGGAUGGGGAGGAUGGGGAGUACAGCUAAGG